AUGACCAAAAGAAACAAUAAACACCCGCCGCCACCAAAACGUCAAAGAAUUGAAGCAGAGAAUGAUCAGAAUGCCGAGAUCGAUCCAUCCGAUUCUACAAUCGGACGCGUUUACAAUGCGUGCCAAGAAGUGCUGGAAAAACAGAAAAAUAUCGAAAAAUCUAUGACGGAAAUCGUCGAAAAACUUCGGUUGACAGAUGAGAAACUGGAAUCGAUUCAACUGCAACUGAAGUCCGAUAAAAUCGAUGAAGCUACUUCAAUCUCAUCGAAUUCUCUUGACAGUGAAGCUCCAGUGAAAGCGACGUCGUCCAGUGAUUCUUCACAAGAAAUGAUUCCACGGGAAAUCAUGUCAACGACUGGAAAAUACUUUGUGUUGAAACAUAUUUUCAAAAACGUGUCAAAACUGAAGGAAAAUCAGAAUUUAUGUUCAGAAGUUGACGAGCAUUUUGGAAUUGAGUGGAGUAUGUUUGUGCGCCGAGAAAAAGACUAUCUAACAUUCCAUAUGCACUGCUUACAAUCGACGGACACUGGAAAAUGGACGAUCGAAGUUAAGCAUAGAAAUGUAUUAGUAUCGAAUCGAAUCGAAAAAGUACGAGAAGGCAAUUCGGCAUUUGCUAACAUCGGAAAAAGGUGUAACACUUCGAGAUGGCCGAAAUUUAUCGAAUGGGCGGUAUUGGAAAAAGACUAUCUUGUGGAUGACAAACUGACUGCUGAAAUUCACGUGAAAAUCGAGAAAACAACUGGAAUUUAUAAAGAUAAUUUGAGAAAUUUCGAUGCGACAAUGAAAGAAUUUUCUGAUGUUGUGCUAGUUGUCAACGAACAGAAAUUUUACGCUCUAAAAUUGUACCUCGCCGCUCAUUCUCCAUAUUUCAAAGCAUUAUUUUUGGGAAAUUUCAACGAUUCGAAGAAAUCUGAAAUCAAAUUGACUGGAAUCGACGCAGAUGAUUUCCAGAAUUACCUCGAAGUUCUUUAUGGAGAACAACCGAUUGAUGAAUACACCUGCGAAGGACUUCUUCUGGUAGCUGACAUGCUUGACACUCCAAUGGUCAUUCGCAAAUGUGAGCAGUUUCUACUCAAGGAAUCAAAGAAAACGUUGAAGAAGAAGUUAGAAUUGUCUACUCGAUACAAUUUGGAAACACUCAAGAAGAAAUGCCUCGUUGAAAUCAUAUCGAUUGGCGAUCUUCAAGCUGUUCUGCCAGGGAAUGUGCAAGAUUUGGACAAAUCUAUAAUGGGCGAACUUCUUGAAAAAUCCAUUUCACUUCAUAAUUGA